AUGAAUACGUCGAGAAGCGGGAAAGCAGGCGACGCUGGCCUGAUUCCAACAACAAGCAUACAAUCUCAUCUUCCUCAUCACGCCUUACCACGAACUGUGUCUGGCAUAGACGAGGCUGAUGCCACGCAGAGAUAUGACCUUGAAGAAGCGGAUAGCAAAAACUCGCUUCGGGAGUCAAGUGCUUCCAGUAUCGAUCCAGAGAAGACCAUCAUCUCAUGGAAGCAGGGAGAUCCAGAGAAUCCAUAUAACUUUUCCACUGCCAGAAAGGUAAGCAUAGUCCUGAUCGGCAUACUCGUUGUCAUAAACAGCACGAUGGGCUCCUCUCUGCCCUCAAACGCCCUCCCAGUCAUCAGUGAACACUUCAACAUCACCUCAUCCUACGCCCAGAUCCUUCCCAUCUCUGUCUACCUACUCGGCUACGUACUUGGGCCCUUACUCUUCGGGCCCCUCUCAGAAUCCUAUGGCCGGCAAGUCAUUUUGAUCUCGACUUUCUCCGGCUUCACCGUCUUCACUAUGGCCUGCGCGCUAGCCCCAGGUUACACUUCUCUGCUCGUCUUCAGACUUUUGACAGGGAUCAAUGCCAGCAGCCCCAUCGCUGUCAUUGGCGGCGUCUUUGCCGAUAUCUACGGAGAUCCGGUGACGAGGGGAAGGGCCAUGGCAAUAUUCAUGGGCGGAACCUGCGUUGGCCCCCUGGUUGCUCCUGCCAUCUCGGGCUUCGUCAGCCCCUCGCUGGGCUGGCGCUGGGUUUUCUGGAUUGGGCUCAUGUUCGCCGGCGCUUCUUGGGCUCCUCUGAUAUUCCUCCCCGAGACGUACGGGCCCAUCCUCCUUGCGCGCCGCGCCGCGCAUCUGCGCUCCUCCACUGGAGACCAGAACAUCUUCGCGCCCAUCGAGCUCGAGCAGAAAGGCUGGAAGCAAAUGGCAACUGUAACCCUGACACGCCCCCUCCGCAUGCUUUUCUUUGAGCUCCUGGUUUUGGCGACAUGUUUAUAUGUGAGCCUGGCGUACUCGAUUUUUUAUAUGUACUUCGAAGCCUAUCAAAUUGUGUUCCAGGGCAUUUACGGGCAAUCACUUGGCGUCUCGGGUCUUAUGUUCCUACCGAUUGGCGUUGGCGCUCUCCUUGCUGUUGGGAUCUUCUUGUGGUGGGACUCUUAUUUGAGACGUGCACAAGUGCUCAAUAAACCCUGGACGUUCAAAGAGGAGUCGAGGAGAUUGCCGCUCGCUUGUCUCGGUGGCCCGCUGUAUGUUAUCAGUCUGUUCUGGCUCGGCUGGACUUCCCGCCCCGAUAUCUCCUUCUACGUCCCGAUGCUCGCUGGGAUCCCAUUCGGCAUGGGCUACGUGCUCAUCUUUAUGGCUCUGCUCAACUACCUCACCGACGCCUACGAGAUCUUCGCCGCCUCGGCCAUGGCGGCCUCUUCCUGCGCCCGCAGCCUCGCGGGCACGGUCCUCCCCUUCGCCACGGCCCCGAUGUAUGCACGGCUCGGCAUUGGCUGGGCGAGCAGCCUGCUCGGCUUCUUGAGUCUGGGCAUGUGUGUCAUCCCGUUCAUCUUUCUGUGGAAGGGGGAUCGGAUCCGAGCGAGGAGCCGAUUCUGCAUUAACCUGAAGGAGAAGAAGGAGAAGGAGAAAGAGUUGGCGGGUGUGGAGCGGGAGCGGGAGCGGGAGCGGGAGAGGGGGAGAAGAGGCAGAAGGAGUAAUGAGCGCAUAGACAGAGAGGAAGGUUAUGGAGAAAAGGUCUAA